AUGAGGCCAAUACAUCGUAUCCCAUCCUCGAUUCGCGUCCGCAGGGCCGACACAGAUGCAUCGCGCAACGGCUUCUAUUCGUCCGCCGAGCAAUAUUCCGACGCAGACGCACAGUUGGCAGCUAACCAUGAUGCCACGCCGACGCAGCCCCCACACUCCUUCACCGACUACUUUACUCCCCGACGCUCACGCAGAGGAUCGAUCCCGACUUACGAUGGUCCUGGUCACACAACGAGGGGAGAUGGCGGCACUCCAAGCGCCGAAGGACCUCUAGGCCACUCACCUCGCACCAACAACAAUGAUCAGGACAACGAUGACGACAUCCUCCGGUCUGAAAUGCAAACAGCGAGACGAGCCAUCCACGACCAAGAGCGUGAUGAACAGCGGCAUCACCAUGGCUCCAGAUCGAGUCGAACCCCUCCAGCCGACUUUCCAGCCAUUCGGCUCAGUGAUGACUCAUUCCGUGCGCAAGGCGGAUCAGGUGCAUCCAGUCGCAGACCAGGUGCCGUCGAGGCGCUAGCCAUGCGCCAUCACCGUCAGCGCAAAGAGGAGCGUCGCAAAAAGCGACAGGCGCAACGGAAUUCGGUCUCAACUGCCUCAUCGCACUCAUCCGCAACAGAAUCUCGAAAUGAUAGCGCCACGGCUGACAAUGACGCAUCACUCGCCGGCUCUGAUGGCGCUGGAUCACGCGCUCCGCACCUUCGCAACUUGUCGGAUGUACAGGAGGAACAAAGGAGCCGCAUGGCAACACCGCAGUCCACCCAGCCCGGUCCGAUUCUCGAACAGAGUCCACCAGCAGAUGCUGUUCAAGGAGAGAUGCCAAAUCUCAAUCGAGCACGCCGAAAUACAGUCGCGGAAGACGGCCUCAUGGCCUCUUCACGCCGUCUGUACGACACGCUGAUGCGUCGCAGGACCGAUAGAGACUUGUCGGCGAAUGACGCAGAAGAUCGAACCGCGCUAGCGCAUCAUCCCCGUGCAAACGAUGAUGAUGCUGAUGAUAAUCUUUCCACCCCCGCCUCUUCUGGAAGCAGUAGUGGCAUGCACGAGGAUGAGGUGGUCGACUAUCUCGAUGUUGUCGAUCCAGAGGUGGCUACCGUCACCGCCCUCCAGAAUGUCGGCAACUCGAUCUUUUUCCCUCCUAUACCCAUGCUCUACAACCGUAGACCCACCAUCAGUCUACCCACUGCAGCUCCUCGAAACGCUCGUGCUUCCACACCGCGUGCCACCCCUAAUUACGAGGCAAGGAACGAAGACAUCGAACUCGGCUUGAGACCGAGCAGUGCCAUGCACACCGCCGAAGAGCCGAACAAGGAUGCCGACAAAUUUCACGGCUUUGGCAGCAUGCGUCGCGUUGCAUCCCUGGUGCCCGGACGCAGACAAAAGCAAGUGCCACCCACUACGGAAGAGGAGCGUCGCAAGCACAUCAAGGAAUGGGCCGAGAUGGACGAGGAAGAGCGCAAUGAGCUCGACGAGCAUGUUCAUCUGUUGCUCACCAAGAAAGCCAAAUUCAAACGCGCCGCUCGAGGCUUUUGGAGAUACGUCAAAACGCCGCAAGGCUUCAUCAUCACCACCUAUGCUGUUCUGAUCACCUUUUGGGGUACAGCCAUCUGUCUGUUCCUGCUCCGAUGGAUUGAUGUCGGUAACAAGGCCAGGCAAAGGUACUGGAUCGAGAUCUGCGAUCAGAUUCUGUGCGCGCUUUUCACGGCGGUCGGUCUUGGAUUUGCGCCGUUCCGAGCGGUGGACACGUACCGGAUGGUGCAGAUUGUGCACUAUCACAGACUCACGUACAAGCGCAGGAAGAAGCUGGAUCUACCCGAACUCAAGGACAAGAACGAGCUGCCCCGCGCCGCACCUCGACUCACCAUGGCGCAGAUGGCCAACACAAUGAUGGUGAAGACGUCCCUCAGGAAGAAUCCUGCUCCGGCGACACAGGAGGAAGGUCAGGAUGGUGUAGAUGCACAAGGUGCUGUUGCGCCUGAACACAACCAUCACGCUUCUCUGGAAGGAGCCACAAACAGCGGGGAUUCGUCUUGGGAGCUGUUGGAUGCUGUGCAGUCAAGGCACAGCGCGUGCGAAGUGGAAGAGCUCAAGGAGAAGCGGAGGAAGAAGCAUGCUUUCCUGCAUCGCAAGAAGAAGCACGACGUGGAGGAAGGCUGUACAGAGCAGUGCAAGAAGGCAGAAGGAGGAGCUGACGACGACGCAAUACCAUCACCGCCACCCGCCGCAAAGGGAAAACCGGUGCCCAAGACGUAUGCGAAUAAGGACGGCGUCAUCCCUCUGGGCCAGCUCAAGCGCAAUCCCUCGAUUGCUUCGGAGCUGCCGCGUGACGCUGAAGACGUGGUGGUGUUGAGCCCCAAGCAGCAAGCCAACCUCGAGUAUCAGCAACGCAAGUUCCACGAGUCGCACACGUUUUAUAGGUAUCGCGAGACCGUCACGCAUCGACCGUUCGAACUGUCCCUCAUGAUGGCCGUCGUCAUCUUGCUCGACUGCCACUCGUGCCUACAAGCUUCGUUGGGCGGCACGACGUGGGGGAUUUACUACAAGAACCGGCCGACGUCGGUCACUGCGACCAUCAUCACUUUCUCGUUGAGCUGCAAUGCGGUCGCUGGAUUGUUGAUCUGGUAUGGUGGUAACAGGACGAAGAAGAAGGAAGAAGUGGAGCGAUUGCUGGGGAUUGCGCUGGAGGAGGAGGCGUUGAGGAAGAUCAGGAAGAAGGAGAGAAGGAGGUUAGAGGCCGAGAGGGAGGCGCAGAGCGAGUGGGUUGCUGGGGAGUACCGGUUGCAUGGCAAGUCGCAGGGGACGAAGGAAGAGGUGGCCAAGGAGGGCAAGGAGAAGGUCGGGCAGAGUGCGACCGGUGUUACCGGUGCGACGGCUGGAGCGCCGUUGGAGUGUAUUGACGAACACUGA